AUGAACAUCCUCCACUCCACCCUCUCCACCUGGCGAGACCGUCUCGCCCCCGUCUCCCGCACUUCAACCUUUAGAACAACCGGCCAAAUCACCCCCGAAGAGUUUGUCCUAGCAGGCGACUACCUAGUCUACAAGUUUCCCUCCUGGUCCUGGGCCGACGCCGCGACCCCCGCAAAGCGUGUCUCCUACCUCCCGCCCGGAAAGCAGUUCCUGGUAACCCGCGGCGUGCCAUGUCACCGCCGCCUAAAUGACAACUUCGCCGGGGACGCAGGCCACGAAGACGAGAUCGUCCGGGGCAUGCUAGCGGGCGAGGGCGACAAUGAUGACGAUGGCUGGUUACGGACCGGAGGCGGCGAUAAUGCAGCAUCGUCCUCAUCAUCUGCUCGGAUCGGAGAUGUACGGACGGUCGACGAGGCCGGGAAUAUGGGCGAGGUAGAGGAACCGGAGGAAGAUGAGAUUCCGGAUAUGGAGGAUGAGGAUGAUGAUGAAGAGGCGAUUAUUCGGGAACCGGUGACAGGGACAACGCAACCGACCCGCACCUACAACCUCUAUAUAACCUACGCCAACUUCUACCGCACCCCACGCCUCUACCUCUCCGGCUACCUUUCAGCCUCUGAACCCCUCCCGCCGCAACUGAUGAUGGAAGACAUAGUCGGCGACUACAAAGACAAAACCGUCACUCUCGAAGACUUCCCCUGGUUCGAAGGCAGUGUGAAGAUGGCGACCGUGCAUCCAUGCCGGCACGCCUCCGUGAUGAAAACCCUCCUGGAUCGCGCCGACGCGGCGCUCAAGAUCCGUCGCGAUAAGCUCAAGGCCGCGGCCACGGCGCACGCCGAGCCUGAUGCGAAGGUCGCUGCUGGAGCGGGCGGCUUGGAAGGGUUAGUGGACGAUGUUGCGAUUCGGGUGGAUCAGUAUCUGGUUGUGUUUUUGAAAUUUAUUGCUAGUGUUACGCCGGGGAUUGAGCAUGACUUUACGAUGGGGGUCUAG